UAAGCCGGUUUGAUUUUCGGUUCGGUUCUUAAACCAUUGAUUCUUGCCUGGGCCUCUACUUUAGCGCCAUUUCCCCCCUAGCUCGUUUAACCUAUAAAGAAACUGAGUUGAGAGGCAAAAACGAAACUCGUUUGAUAAAUGAAUCAGCAGGCAUUGCUAUCCAGUUUCAGAACUCUCACUAAUCUCUCCAGUUUUACAGUUAGGUCAAGAAUACAGUUGAAGAUUGAGCAGCUUGUUCCUUUGACAUUGAGCUUAAUUAUGGUUUCUAAACGACGCAGCUCAUCACGAUCAAUCGUCGAGGACGAUAAUUUAUAUAAAAAGAAACAUAAAGGAUUAAUUAAAGCAGAAAUUAACCCUAAUUCUGUUGCCAAGGAAAAUGAAUCAUUUGAUAUUCAAAGUAUAAAGGAUGAUCCUUCGAAACUCGAGAAAAUGACUGUUCAAGAGCUUCGAGCAAUGUUGAGGAAUGUUGGUAUGCCUGCGAAAGGUCGUAAAUCAGAGCUUUUAUCUUCUUUAAAGGGCUUUGUGGGCAAGCACUUGAAUGGUGAAAGCUCUCAGGAAGCAGAAGAAUGUGCAUACUCUAUUCACACAGAAGAUACUUUGCUUGAAAACAAGGCCAGUAACGUACUCUAUGAAACAACGGGUACAGUUUCAGAAGUUUCAAGACUUAAACAUACCAAGAAAACAGUGAAAGAAUCUCAUGCUAAGGAUGAAAUUGCCAAACUUGAUUGUCAGAUUGCCACCAAAGAAGAGAGGCUUUCAAUUAAAACAACUAAGGUCUCAGUUGGGACGUCCUUACAGACAAGAAAAAAAAUAUCAUCUGCUGAAAAUGUGGUUUCGAUGCCUUUUGCUGAACCAUGGACAAUUCUUGCUCACAAGAAGCCUCAGAAGACUUGGAUUUCAUACAAUCCGAGAACCAUGAGACCUCCACCUCUUGCUGAGGAUACCAAGUCUGUGAAACUAAUGUCUUGGAAUGUAAAUGGGUUAAGAGCAUUGCUAAAGUUAGAGGGAUUCUCAGCUGUGGAACUUGCCAAACGAGAAAAUUUUGAUGUGUUGUGCUUCCAGGAGACCAAACUACAGGAGAAGGAUGUUGAAUCUAUUAAACAAAGUUUGAUAGAUGGGUACGAGAAUAGUUUCUGGACAUGUAGCCACUCCAAACUUGGUUACUCAGGCACUGCAAUUGUCUCUCGGGUAAAGCCACUUUCUGUCAGCUAUGGUCUUGGAAUAGCAGAUCAUGAUAGUGAGGGAAGACUUGUGACUGCAGAAUUUGAUUCAUUCUAUUUAUUAAAUGCAUAUGUUCCUAACUCUGGAGAUGGAUUGAAACGGCUGUCAUACAGGGUGUCGCAGUGGGAUACCUCUCUUAGCAACUACAUGAAAGAGCUGGAAAAGUCUAAACCAGUCAUUUUGACCGGUGAUCUGAAUUGUGCUCAUCAAGAGAUAGAUAUUUUCAAUCCUGCUGGAAAUAGAAGAAGUGCUGGGUUUACAGAUGAAGAAAGACAAUCGUUUGAAACGAAUUUCUUGUCCAGGGGAUAUGUAGAUACUUUUAGAAAACAACAUCCUGAUGUUGUUGGCUACACUUACUGGGGUUAUCGACAUGGUGGGCGGAAAACUAAUAAAGGGUGGCGGCUCGACUACUUCCUUGUCUCAGAAUCUAUAGCGGACCAGGUUCACGACUCCUACAUUGUUCCUGAUGUUGUUGGUAGUGAUCAUUGUCCCAUAGGCCUCACACUUAAGUUAUAGGCUUUUGCAACUGGAAGCAGAGUGAUCGGUAGCCCGACACUAGCAUUUUUUGAGCCGGAUGCCGAAAAAUCAGAAUCCGGUUUAGCUAGUUGCUGAUGGGCAUUUGCCUAUACUAUAUUACUGAUGGUUUUUAGGGCAUCAUUCUGUAAUGGAGAUAUCAGAAUGAAGGGAAACAAUUCAACCCCCAUUUUGGCUAAUGGAGAUAGUCUAGCUAGAGCUUGUAUUUCUUGAUUUAGCCGUUUUCCAAAUUCUGACAUUUUAUGGCUGUAAUCCUCAAUUGUGCUUAAUUAAUUUCUAAUUAUGUCUCA